GGGGACUCCUAGUCACUCAGCCAGCAGCACCUCCUUUCUUGCCCUAGUCUCCAGUCCUCUAGCGUUCACAGGUGAGCUCACCAACAGCCACUGCUCAUGAUGGAGGCCAUCAAGAAAAAGAUGCAGAUGCUGAAGCUGGACAAGGAGAAUGCUCUAGACCGGGCAGAACAAGCUGAAGCUGAGCAGAAGCAGGCGGAAGAAAGAAGUAAGCAGUUAGAAGAUGAGCUGGCAGCGAUGCAGAAGAAGCUGAAAGGGACGGAAGACGAGCUGGACAAGUAUUCCGAAGCUUUGAAGGAUGCGCAGGAGAAGCUGGAGCUGGCAGAGAAGAAGGCAGCGGACGCUGAAGCUGAGGUGGCCUCCUUGAACCGUAGGAUCCAGCUGGUUGAAGAGGAGCUGGACCGUGCUCAGGAGCGCCUGGCCACUGCUCUGCAAAAGCUGGAGGAAGCUGAGAAAGCUGCCGAUGAGAGCGAGAGAGGUAUGAAGGUUAUUGAAAACCGAGCUUUAAAAGAUGAAGAAAAGAUGGAACUGCAGGAAAUCCAACUCAAAGAAGCUAAGCACAUUGCAGAAGAGGCAGAUAGGAAGUAUGAAGAGGUGGCUCGUAAGUUGGUGAUUAUUGAGGGAGACUUGGAACGCACAGAGGAACGAGCUGAGCUGGCAGAGUCUAAGUGUUCUGAGCUGGAGGAGGAGCUGAAGAAUGUCACCAACAACCUCAAGUCUCUUGAGGCUCAGGCGGAGAAGUACUCUCAAAAAGAAGACAAAUAUGAGGAAGAGAUAAAGAUUCUUACUGAUAAACUCAAGGAGGCAGAGACCCGUGCUGAGUUUGCUGAGAGAUCGGUAGCCAAGCUGGAAAAGACAAUUGAUGAUUUGGAAGAUAAACUGAAAUGCACCAAAGAGGAACACCUCUGUACACAAAGGAUGCUGGACCAGACUCUGCUGGACCUGAAUGAGAUGUAGAGCCACCCAGUCCCGCCCUGCCGCUGCUCCUCCCUCUGACCCUGACUCCGCCUGAGGCCAGCCUGCUUGAAGCUGACCUUUAAACUGAGGGCUGAUCUUUAACUGGAAGGCUGCUUUCUCCUUUCACUGCCCCCCCCCCCCCCCCCCCCCGCGUCUUUUUCGCCAAAUUGUCUCUGCCUCCCCUCAGAGAUUUUGAUUGGGCUAGAGGCUGAGCACCUUUGGGAACAACAUUUAAGGGAAUGUGAGCACAAUGCAAAGUGUCUUUAAAAGCAUGUUGUGAUGUACACAUUUUGUAAUUACCUUUUUUGUUGUUGAUAUGGCAACCAUUUGUAAAACAUUCCAAAUAAUUCCACAGUUCUCAAGCAGCAGCCUAAUCCCUUUCUCACUUUUAGGAGGUAAUUUUUCAGCUUAAUCCAUAUUGCCCUCUCCAUAGAGGAGCGAAAGAGGAUGGGCCUGCCUUACCGAGAGCCACACAGAGCCCAGAGAAAGGCUCCUCUCUGGGGAACCAUUCCUUUGUGCAGAGUGCUAGCCAAAUUGAAAAGGUGAUUCCAGGAGGAGUUAGCUCCUCCCUUCCCCGCCCCCCCAAAAAAAGAGUGAUGUUUAGGUUUCAGCUUUUAAGGCAUCUUUGGGCAACUUAUUUUUUUCAUCAGAAGUGACCAAAUUAAAAUGGCUUGAGACCUCUCUGUCAGAGACCAAAUUCUUGUCCCAUCCCUACCCUUUCCCCAAUGGUUCACAAAAUGGAUCAUGUGCCCCUUCUGUUGAAGUGACCAAUUAUUUGUUCUCCUGCCUCCUUGAAAGAAAGAAAAUUAUGUUUUUGCCACUGAUUUAGCCAAAUGGAACUCAUCUCAUUACCCUCCUCUGGGUCUGAAGCUGCUGUCUCUAAAAGUGCCAUCUCAUUGUGCUUUGUACCAGUUAGUGCUGGAGAAAUCUUGAAUAGUUUAUGUACAAAACUUUUUAAAUUUUGUAUUAUUUUGAAACUUGGCUUCUUUGAGGUUGGGACACACUGGCCACACUGGCUGAGAGAGCUCGCUGCAGUCUGGGCUGGCAGUGUGCCGAUCUUUACGUUUCUUUCCCGCCCCAAUGCCCCCAAUGCCCCGUUUUCAGUGCGGUUUCCGUGAGGUCUGUUAGGAGCGCAUCCUGCAGCUUAAUGGCUUAAAAUGUACUCUCCUUUGGUGUGGUCCCUUUGGGGGCCAAUUGGGAGAAAGAGACCAAUAGUGCAACUGUUUUGAUACUGAAAAUUGAAUAAGUAUCUUUUUAAAAUAAAGAACCAGUCCCUCCAA